CAAACCCUUUCUCACCCUUUUAGGCCACAAUAAUUACAUUCAUUCUUAUGGUUUUGGGGGCAGGAAAUCAAAAUUUUAUUUUACUCAUUCACAUAAUUCUUUUUCUAAUUUAGCAACCUUAAUAUUUGCCUUGGUCUAGUUUAUUGGUUGUGUUGUCUCCGAGGAUUGAAAUCCAAUCCGUUCCUCCUUUUUAUCUGAUAACACAAAAAUGGCAAAUGCUUUGAGAGUUGGCAGUGUUAUCUCCCUCUACUCCCUUCGGAACACGAGACCCCAUCUUCCCCUUCUCUCCAACGCCACGCGCUUCCGUUCCAAGUUCCCAUUUUUCACCCUCUCAUCAUCGCCAAACCCAUCUGGGUAUCCUCCAUUUCGCACACUCUCUUCUUCUUCUGCUUCCACAGAUGAGGCAAUGACCACCGAAACCAUCACUAGCGAUAAUGCAAGUGGUGAAGCUGACAACAGUAUUAAGGAUGCGGCGGGGUUGCUUGACAUGAGGGUUGGGCGCAUUCUGAGAGCAUGGAAACAUGAUGAAGCUGAUUCUCUCUAUGUGGAAGAGGUUGAUAUUGGUGAACCUGAACCCAGAAUCAUAUGCAGUGGCCUUGUCAAAUACAUCCCUCUUGAAAACCUUCAGGGGAAAAAGGUUAUUGUCCUUUCCAACCUGAAGCCAAGAAAUAUGCGUGGUGUCAAGUCCUGUGGAAUGCUGAUGGCUGCUUCUGAUGCAAAACAUGAAAAUGUUGAACUUCUGUUCCCUCCCGAGGAAGCAACUCCUGGUGAAAGAAUUUGGUUUGGAACGGAAGAUGAAAAGGAUAAUCAACCUGAUGCUGCCACUCCGAAUCAGCUACAAAAGAAAAAGAUAUGGGAAUUGGUGCAGCCUCAUCUUAAGACAGAUACUUCUUGUAUUGCAAUGCUAGGGGAGCAUGUCAUGCGUACAUCUGUGGGUUCAGUAGCAUGCCAGUCAUUGCAGAAUGCAAAUAUAUCCUGAUCAGCACUGUCAAUUUGUUACCCUACACAGCCAUUCAGGCACUGCCUAUCUGUAUGCAAUUAUUCUGCUUCAUAAUGGAAUUUUUUAUUGAUAAAUUGGCGGUUGUUUUGUAUGUACUUUGAUUUUUUAAAUAGUUUCAGUUUACAUUUUAUCACUUUCACUUGGACAUAAUGAUUUCAGCAGAGUAUAAACCUCAUCAUACUGCAUAGGUAAAUGAUUUUCCUUUA